AUGAGUCUCUUUGGGAAGCAACACAACGGCCUGGACGCUCUCCUCCACCGACCACGACCAAGUGUUUGGCAGCAGUUCCUCGAACACCCUUGCAUCUUCCUUGCUCGUCAGCUUUACACCUGGCGACAGGCUGUUCCCGCCCAGCCGCUUGUCGACCCGGUAUCAGUGGUCUGCGUCUCCGACACGCACAACACCCAACCCGUCCUCCCAGACGGCGACGUCCUCAUCCAUGCCGGCGACCUCACGCAGUCGGGGUCGCUGCGAGAGCUUCAAGCCACGUUGGACUGGCUACGUGCCCAAUCCCACCCUGUCAAGAUCGUCGUUGCCGGCAACCACGAUCUGCUGCUGGACGCGGGCUGUGACGGCCAAAGAGGCACCGCGAACGAGAAUGCGGUCGCCGAGCGCGGCCUCAUCGACUGGGGCGAUAUCAUCUACCUAGAGAAUGCCGAGGCCGCCGUUACCUGCUACAACGGCCGCCAGCUGCGCGUCUAUGGCAGCCCUCGCUCGCCCCGUCACGGUAACUGGGCGUUCCAAUAUCAUCGCGCUGAGGAUGUCUGGGCAGGGAUUGUUCCCCAAGGCAUCGACGUGCUGGUGACGCAUGGCCCGCCGCGGGCACAUCUAGACCUGCUACGACUCGGUUGUGGGCAUCUCUUGAGAGAAUUAUGGCGGGUCCGCCCAAGGCUGCAUGUCUUUGGGCAUGUCCACGAGGGCGCGGGCACCGAAUGGCUGCAAUUCGAUGAGCUGCAAGGCGCGUAUGAGCGGACUGUGGUCGCAGGUGGUGGGGUCUGGAAUCUGCUGCGGACGGUUAAGGCGUUUGUGUAUUCGCUUUUUCGCCCGCUUGCGGAGGCAAGGUCUUUGCUCGUCAACCCGGCAAUUGUCGGUGGCUUACGAGACAACGAGCGACGGCGGCCGAUCAAAGUGAUGAUUUAA